AUGAAUCCCCUUCUCACCCACUGGCCCGACUUCCCGGACCCGGAUUUCCCAAAUACCUUGCUCUCUGGAUCCAACUCCAACUCCAACUCCAACUCCACCCCAACCCGCCUCCACCUCCUAACCACCAUCAACGCCCUCGGCCUCAGCAAAACCCUCGACGACCUCCCCGGCCCCACCGCCGCCCGCCUCCGCGCUUCCCGCCGCCGCAACUGGACCGCCUAUGCCGCCUGGCUCGCUGACGUCCGCGCGCAGCUGUGGCAGUGCAGUCCCGGGCGUCGUGUUCCUCUCCACCGAGAUCGAGCCGGGGUUCUCGUGGCGGGACGAGGUGGCCAUGAUGGACAUCCGGGCGCGGCGGCGCUGCGGGGAGACGCGGGACGCGGACUGGUGGGCCGAGAAGCGCUGGCUGAAGGAGGAUGA